UUAAAAUUUUGCCCGCCAUUUUGAAACUGAUCGGUUGUUUCCGUCUUCACAGUAACAAGGCGCCUAUAGCGUCGCUAAGAAGGGCGAAAUAUGAAUAGAAAUGGUGUGUUUUUACGGAAAUCUGAAGAAAUGCGUUCUCCGCGUGAAUUAAGAGAACCCUGUUUAUUUGUGGUGGCCUAAGAUACAAUAAUAUCUUUCAACAUGGUUAAAGAACAGAAAUGCAUUCUUUGUGAAACUGUCUACAGCUCCAAACAGGAGAUGGAAGAGCACAUGAGAAGUAUGCUGCAUCACAGGGAGCUGGAGAAUCUGAAAGGCCGGGACUGUGGACACGAGUGCCGGGUCUGCGGCGUAACGGAGGUGAGCCUGACCGACUAUGCCAGUCACAUCUCCAGCCCUUCACAUAAACAGCGCGUUGAGGAUCAGAAGCACCAGCCCUCAAACGAAGACAAAGAUGAAAAGUAUUUUGACAAGGACAUUGUGCAGCUCAUCGAGAAACGCAAGGAAAUGAUCAGGAAAGAAGAGGCUUCUGCAAAGCAGGCUAAAGAGGAGCGGGACACCUCAAGGAGGUGGCAGGAGCUUCGGUCUCAGUGGCAGGGACAAAGGCCUUUGAUGUAUCAACAGUGUGGCCCUUGGGACCGGUCCUAUCCUAACUUUCCUCAGAUGCCCAAAAGGGGCAGAGGCACUAAUUGGCAGAAUUUAAGAUAUUCAUCCCCUGAACGCAACAAAUGGUUUAACCCUAACCGACAGGUUAGGUGUGCCACAUGGCAUGCUGAAGGACCACCUGACUUGCAGAAGUGGGGCUCCGCUGGUCGUCAGGGAGGGAGUUUGCACAACCAAGGAAACUUGUGGGGUGGCUAUGGAGUCUGCCCUCCACAGAUGAGAAAGCAGUAUCCCUGGAACAACAGUCAGUUUAAUGUCCCUUGGCAGGGACAAUAUAUGCCUCCACCUAGACAAUUUAAAUCGUCUGCAAGAGACCAGCAAAAAACACCCAACUGCUCUGAGAAUCAGACAAAGGGUGAACAGAGUGUAGAAGAAUCUGGUGGUGAGCAUGAUCCCAACAAAGGUAAGGGUCAGAAGUCAGAGAAGGCACAUCGAUGGGCACCUUAUCCACCAGCUAAACUUGGGGAUCCUUCAUCUCAGGCUAACCCUCAGCCAACUUUAGAUAAGUCAAAUGUGGAGUCUCCUGAAAACAUUAAGGCACAAAGUUUCAAGGAGGGCACUCAGGACAUGGCGAGGAAAUCCAAGGCAGACCGAAAAAAUUGGCAGCAUAAUCCAGCAGAACCUUACUGUGAAGAGAGUGAUUGCAGGGAGCAGAAGAGUUCCUUCAAUAACAUUGGCAGUACUAACAUGGGUAGUUUCGCCUACCCCUCCACCUCCACCACUAGAAGAACGGAGAUGCCCAGCAAACUUGCUGAAGAUGGCUCAAAGAUGAAUCUCAAACAAGCAGGAAGUCAAGACUCUGUCAGCACUAAAGGUUCUAAGCAUUCCCAUUCAAGUUCUGAAUUCCCACAACAUGCCUCUUCCAGUGCAGAGCAAGACAGUCUUCUUUCAGAGAUGCUGCGAAAAGCUAAAGAGACAUUGCUUAAUAGAAAUAACUCUGACACAUCUGGCCCAGAGAACUGCCUCAAAGGAUCAAAGACUGUGCCUCAGAUUAAGAAGCAAGUUGAUAGUUUAGAACUAAACAAGAAUAAAAAAUUACAUGAGAGUACGAAAAAACUGAAUAAGAACAAGGGUCAAGAAAGGCUGGGUUUUUCAAGACGCAAUAGCAAUGACAGAGAGCAUUUAACCAGUACUGAGACCUCAGUACAGAUUGGCAAUGUGCGCAAUGACAUUAGGCCAUCUCUGCAGUCCUUGCAAGUUAGUACCUCCACUAUGGACCACGAAGAUGAGGAGGAGUGUGGUGAAAUGGAAGAAAAUCCUCACCUAACGGUACAAGAUCAAGUCAUGGACACACUAGAUGAAGAUUUAUGCUUAUUUGGUGAGGGGUCCCACAGCAGCCCAUCCCAACAAACAGCAGGUGGCUCCGUGCCCUCUUUAAGUAAGCUUGCCUUGCCUGCUUGUCUCCAAAGGGAUCUGAACCGCCAUAUAGGCACCAAAGGCAAAGCAGCAUCCCAUGAACCCAACUUGAAUAUUGCCAGACGUAUUAGAAACGUGAGUGGCUCACGAAAGAAUGAGCCUGAGAAGGACUCAGGACUUAAACCCACCUUGCGGCAGCUCAUUAGCUCCUCUGGCUCCAGGCGGAAUGUCAACUGGGACCAGGUCUACCAGGAAGUAAACCGGAAGAAGCAAGGCAAGGGCUUACCAAGAUUUGGUAUAGAAAUGGUGCCCUGUGAACCUGAGAGUCCAAACCAAAUGGAUGAAAAUGAUGUACCUCUUUCUGAGGGCUUUCAUUGGGACUCUCUGUUUGACCUCGGUCAAGUGCCUUCCCGCAAGCGUAGCUUGUCUGAAAGCAAUGUGGUCAAAGAUGGCCCUGCUGGUACCAGCUCCCUUCUCAAAUGUGUAGACCCACUGAGAGACUCUCCUGCUUGUGGCCCAUCACAGCAGUCCAAGAGAGAAGAGCUGCAGUCCAAAGGUCAUCUAGAGAUUCAAGGUUCGAAAGGACCUUCUAAAGGCCCAGAGGAUGUUGAAGGAGACAGCGGUUGUACAUCAGAGAUUGAAAUAAUUGACAUACAAGGAGCUGGGAAGAAACGCAGAGCUCAAGGAGAUGUUGUGUCUCCAGAGAUUCCUAAUGAAGAUAGGAAAAACAAGAGGCAAAAAAUUAAGUCUAAGAAAGAGCGCUCUCAAGUGGAUCAGUUGCUGGCUGUAUCUCUACGUGAGGAGGAGCUUAACAGCUCACUUCAGGCCGUGGAUAACAGUAUUAUUCAGGCACGUGCUGCCCUGCAAGCUGCCUAUUUGGAAGUACAGCGCCUGCUUAUGGUGAAACAACAGGUAACCAAUGAGAUGAACUCUUUGAGAGCCAAACGGAUUGAAAUUCUUCAAGGAAUGCAAGGUGAAUUUGAGCCAAAGGAAAGAGAGAGGAACAGUGAGGAAAUCUUAACCUCUUCGUCAACCCAGGUUACUCAGACCACCGCCAGCACUGUUCUCCCAACUACAGUGGCCCACUCAUCCUCUUCAACAUCCUCACUGCCUGUUAACAUCAAACAGGAGCCCAUUGCUCCAUGUAACCCCAUUCCUGAGUGUAACCCUAUCAAAUGCCCCUUCCCAGAACCUCAAAAUACCACACCUGUCCAAACAGUGUUUGCAGCUUGUCAAACAGAUACCUUCAAGUACAACAGUAAGAUGGAGUCUUCGCAUGAUGCCACAAUCAUGGCUUUGACGGCAGCUCCUUCAGAUCACAGAACAGAGCCAUCACCCAACAAAGAAAUUUGUCAAAAUUCUCAAGAGGGGUUAGCCAACCCUUCUUCCCAUCUCUCUCCCAAGCCACUGUCUCCCUCAAGCCACAUAGAAACUGAUCCAGUUAAGCGUGUUCGAAAGCUAAAGAAGAAAAAGUGUCUUAAAAAAGCAAAGGGGAAUGAGCAGCCUGAAAUCAGUGAAUCAGAACUUGAUGCAGAGCAGCCCGCUCCUCGGCCUGCCCGCAAGUACCGACCUCAUCGGCGAUCCAGCGGCACCUCUGCCUCACCCCCCACACCAGAAGAGAAGAUUGAAAAUGAGGCGAUGGUGGUGACAGAAGUUUCAAAGGCACAACCACAGAGAACCAAGCUAGCGACACCACCAAAGAAUGAGGCUCACUCCGAUUCAUCUGAAUUGGAAAUGGUGGAGCUUCCCCCACCUGUGCCCACUGAUAUUGUCAAUCUAGAUUCUUCAGACCCAGAUGAGAUACCGGAAAAGAAUGCCAAGGAGUCGACCAAGAAGUUGACCAAGGAGUCGACCAAGAAAUUGACCAAGGAGUCGACCAAGAAAUUGACCAAGGAGUCGACCAAGAAAUUGACCAAGGAGUCAGCAAAGGAGUCGGCCAAGGAGUCAACCACUGCAUAUUCAAAAGACCGUGCCAUCACAGACCCCCAAAAUCUUGCUUGCAAUGAGGUCACCUCCACUAGUGAAAUUGAUACUAGCAGUACAGUUAAGGCUCGUGAAAGUGAAAUAAAAUCUGCCUCAACAGCGUUGGAGUCCAAGUUGCUUUCAGAUGUAUCAGAUCUAGGGGAGGAGGAGGUGCCUACAGAAGGAGAGUUUGAAGGCCAUCAGGAGGCCGUGAAUGGAAUGCAGAUCCAUAACGGACUGCUGUAUACUUGCUCAGGGGACCGCACUAUACGUGCUUUCAACUUGAUAAGCCGGAAGUGUGUGGCUGUGUUUGAAGGUCACAGCAGUAAAGUGAAUUGCCUGUUGGUGUCAUGUGGAGGAGGCCUGCAACAACGCCUGUACUCGGGAUCAAGUGACCAGACCAUCCGCUGUUACAACCUCAAGACAACAGAAUGUGUGGAACAGCUGUCUCUCCCAGAUCGAGUUCUCUGUCUUCAUAAUCGUUGGAAAAUUCUCUAUGCCGGUCUGGCCAAUGGCUCUGUGACCACCUUCAGUCUUAGGAACAACAAGCAGCUGGAUGUGUUUGAGUGCCAUGGCCCACGGGCUGUAAGUUGCCUGGCGACGGCUCAGGAAGGGGCUCGGCGUAUCCUGCUAGUUGGUUCCUAUGAUGCCACCAUCAGCGUUAGAGAUGCUAAGAAUGGCCUAUUGCUGCGUACACUAGAGGGCCACAGCAAAACUGUGCUCUGCAUGAAGGUGGUGAACGAUUUGGUGUUCAGUGGAUCGAGUGACCAGUCUGUACAUGCACAUAAUAUACAUACAGGAGAACUGGUGAGGAUCUAUAAGGGUCAUAGUCAUGCCGUCACCGUGGUGGCCAUAUUGGGAAAGGUGAUGGUCACUGCAUGCCUGGACAAACUGGUCCGUGUGUACGAGCUCCAGUCUCAUGACAGACUUCAAGUAUAUGGUGGACAUUCAGACAUGGUGAUGUGUAUGGUCAUCCACAAGAGCAUGAUCUACACAGGCUGCUAUGAUGGGAGCGUGAAAGCUGUCAGAUUGAACCUGAUUCAGAACUACCGCUGCUGGUGGUACGGUUGUACCCUAAUCUUUGGCGUGAUAGAGCACCUGCAGCAGCACCUGCUGAACGACCACACCAGCCCAGCACAGCAAACAUUCAAAUGCCGCUGGAGGAACUGCGACACGUACUUCACCACCCGCAACGGCUCCAAACAGGCGGUGCAUUGUCACAUGCAGAAACAUGCUGAGGACGACAGUAAAAUGGAGCCAUGAGGGGCCAACAGAAUAUCACAGACAGUAUAGUCUCCUCUUUUCCCAUAUUGGGAAUGUCUCAUUCAACCCUCACCAGAGGAGCCCUGUUCAUGGGCACGUUUUUUAUUUGACCCAUCAGAUACCAACAACUGCCACUUAGAUGAUGCUGAUGCCACAAUUUAAAUAAUGAUGGAUGAUUUUAAUCUCUCAGAAAUUCGUUUUAUGUAGUAAACAAAAAAGACUUACAAGUGUUACUGUUAUUUCAAACAACAAAAAAAGAAUAUUUGUCUUUCUCUAAGUGGAUUUGUUUGGUAUUCUGAAGAGAGGAAGUUUUUUUUCAUUCGUCUCCUCUCUUUCGCUUCUAUCUGAAGUGUGAAAUACGCUCAAAUCGUUUAUACUGAUGUGGCAUUGCUCUGAUGCUCUCCUGGAAGGGAUUGAUUUCUGUGUCAGACGCUUUUCCAAGUCUGUCAUCUGAUCAUACACUGUAUCAUCAGCUCUGAGAUUUACUGACCAAAUAAAGACAAAGAAACCGUGGGAAACGUUUGGGUACCAGUGCAGCAAAAGAGGUGCGGCAGCUCCCUCAGCAAACACGUGUAGCUCACUGUUGUGUGUGUGCAGUCCGAGUUUUGAGAUGUUAUGAUGUGGAGUGAUUUAAGAAAGCGUGAGACUUGUGUCGAGCAACCAGAUUUUUAGUGUUGUAACGUUUUUAUGAAGGACACAUCUUCCUCAAAUUGCAUCAGUCUAUUUUUUUGUGGUGUCAUGGCAUUACAUAUACCUGACAGUAGAAUCUGUUAUUCUGGGACACCUAAACAUUUCAAUCUGGUUUCCAAAUAUAUAAAGCUAUUUUAGUUGUCUGGUGAUUUUAUUUAAUUUAAUUUUUUUUUUUUUUUUGAAUUGUUCAUUUAAAUGUAGUUGUUUGAGUGGUUGAAUCUAUCUCCUCUCUCUUUUUUUUUUCUUUUUUUGGUUUUUCUGUGGUUGCUUCUCAAUGAAGCAAAGUUGAAGGAUUCAGGUGUGCUGUGACUCAAGACUGCAGUUGACGUGUUUGCUGUGCUGUUGACAAGAGACUGAAACGUGACAGUUGGUGUGCGUAAGCAUUUAAGAACAUACAUGGAUUUGUUUUAUGAUGGCGUGAACAAGAAGACACAAGAAGACAAUUUUAUUUUCUGUAUUUUUCUAUAGCGAAGAAGUUUGUUCUUAUACAUUUUCUUUACUGUAUUUUGUGGCAGUUGUGCAGAUGAGACAAAUUUAUGAAAGUACAGGAGGGUCCUCACACUGGAAAGUACCUUUAUUUUUCUGCGUGAGAAUGAAAGUUGUAGGGGUGAUAAACAUGUGAGGUGUUUUUUGUGCAGUUGGGAGCGUAUUACGUCACUUCCUGUAAUCCUCAGCCCUAUUACGCGCACACAAACCAAUCUUAGUGUAGCAAACUGCUAACAUUUAUUGACAUCUUAAUAUCCUAACUUGGUUUCUGAGGUUAGAUUUUAUAUAGAGUAACAGCAUAAUCUCCUGCCAUUUGAACUCUCUUCUGACUGCCCCUGAAGUGAUGGGUUUUUAACUUUAUAUGGUUACUCUAGGUCUUUUUUUUCCUUUUUGUUAGAUUAUAUCAUAAUGGAUGAAGAUACAGCUUGUUUUUUCACCCAGUCAUAACCUUUGAAAUGCAUCUCAGCUCUUUGCUAUAGUCAUGUGUUGCUGAGGAGAGAUUGCAGCCAAUCUCUUACCUGGUAUUCCCAAGUUUCUCACACUUGUUCAUUUCAAAUAUUAUAAAAAAAAACUUUAUAGACAUUUUGUACACACAUGCUAUUGAAAAAAAGGAAUAAAAAAAUACAUAACUGC